AUGACUAGAUCCUAUGCUAAGGCUCAUAAUAACUUGGUAUCAAAGUCUUCUGUUAUGGGUGACGAAGAGACUUCCGCAGCCAAGCUGGAGGCUUUCAUGGAACAAAUGGUUACAAGGCAACGACCAUUAGAGGAGCAGAUGUCAGUGUUAUCUCUUUCUAUCCAAAAGACAACGAAAGGGUAUUCAAAGAAAAAUAGUGAAGAACAGGGCAAUAAUGGAGGCAGGAUAAAGAAUUCAAACUCGCAACAAGGCUUUGUGCCUAGCAGGCUUAACGCCGGUGAAAAAUUUCGGACUAUACGUCUAACAGGCUUAACGCCGAAAGUUCUUGUCGAUGAAAUAUUAGAUGCAGUUGGACAUGUGAAUGAAUUUUAUCAGCAAGAUGCGAAAGAGAAAGGGAAGAUGUUGGGGGCACCUAUUGGUAGAGAGAAGUUUUCAGUUAAUCAUUUGUUUUUUGCUGAUGAUUGUAUUCUAUUCGGUGAUGCUUCAAAUGAGGGUGCUGAGGUGGUUCGGACUGUUAUUCAUGAAUAUGAAGUGGCUUCGGGGCAGCGAGUGAAUUUUGAUAAGUCACCCAUUUAUUUUGGUGCAAAUGUUGCACCUAGUGUCCGGGGAGAGAUAGUCAAUUUGUUAGGGGUUCGGUUGGCCUCUAAUCUUGAGAAGUACUUAGGUUUUCCCAUGAUGGUAGGUAGAAGGAAAAAGUGGGCUUUUGCUAAUUUUGUGGACCGAUUCAAGAAAAGGAUUGAGGGGUGGAGUUUGCGGUAUCUAUCAAUGGGGGGCAAUGAGGUUUUUAUAAAAUCAGUUUUGCAGGCAAUAUCCAUUUAUGCUAUGCAAUGCUUUCUGUUGCCUAAGACAUUAUGCCGAUCGCUUGAAAGCAUUAUGAAUCGUUUCUGGUGGACGAAUAAUAAAACUUUGAAGGGGAUCCAUUGGAGUAAUUGGGACGCGUUAUGUAAACCGAAAUGCUUGGGAGGGCUUGGGUUUAAAAAUUUGUAUUUGUUUAAUAAGGCCUUAUUAGUUAAGCAGGUGUGGCGCAUUUUGUCCCAGCCUCAGUGUCUUUUAGCCAAGGUUUUAAAGGCUCGUUACUUUCCUUUUUCUGAUGUUUUAACAGCUAAGGAAAUUAGGCCUUUUUGGACGACAAUUAAUCAAUUAAUAAUUAAUGGGGAUGGUAUCUGGAACAAAGAGCUAAUUCAUAGUUUGGUGGAUGAUGAUACAGCAAGUCGGAUCUUCUCUAUUCCCCUUUCUAAGAGUGGUCCAGAGGAUAUGCGGGUCUGGGAGUUCGAAGGUUCGGGUGAAUACACAGUCAGGAGUGGAUAUCGGGCCCUUAUUACAGAUUAUUUACAGAGUAAUUUAUACAUGCCCUAUAGGGAUGAGGUUUACAAAGGAUUUUACACUGAUCUAUGGGCUUUGAAUAUCCCUGAGAAAAUUAAAAUACAUGCAUGGAGGUUAUUUAAUAAUCUGGUGCCUCACUAUGGCAAUCUGGCGCGCAGAACCUUGUGUGAGGAGACCGUGUGCCCACUGUGUAAGGAAGAGCUGGAAAGCACUGAGCAUCUUUUGUGGUCUUGUGGGGUUUUACAGAAUGUAUGGACAUCGUUGCAAAUUCAAAUCCCUCUUUCUGUUGAUUUCUUGGAUUCUAAAGAUAACUUUGUCAAAACAUAUUUUGCAGCAGAUAGCCGUAAAAAACGAAUCAUUACUAUUUCAUUAUGGUGCAUUUGGUUUCAUAGGAAUAAGUUGGUUAAUGAAAGGGUUAAGUUCUCAUUGCCAAAAUUAUUGGGUUUUAUCAGAGGCUAUGAACAAGAACUUUGUUUUGUUUAUGAGAACCUCUAUUCUAAGUUUGCUACAACAAUAGUCUUAGCCAGAGAUUACAGAGGGGAAGUUGUAGGGGCUGACACUUAUCUGUAUGAAGAAGUCGUUGAUGCUUUUGUGGUAGAGGCUCGAGCUUGUGAAAAGGCGUUAUUAUUCACGCGUAUGAUGGGCUUUCGGCGGCUGAUUGUGGAAGGGGGUUCGCUAACUGUCAUCAAAAGUGUUAAGAAACAGGAGGAAGAUAGAUCGGUUCUCAAAUUGAUAAUUCAUUAUAUUCGUCGAUUGCAUCUGCUUUUUGAAGAUGUCACUUACAAUUUUGUGCCCCGUGAGGUUAAUGGUGCGGCUCAUGCUCUGGCGCUGGAAGGUCGGAGAAGAAGGGUGUGUGGGAACUGGGUUGAUGAUGUUCUGGACUCUGUAAGGUUGGUGGUGGAGACAGAUUGGCUGUCUUGGAUUCAGAGGAUCUGA